AUCAUUUGUGGUGCACCAAAUGCAGACUUCAUAAGUUGAAGUAAUCAUCAAAAAGGAAGUGUAUUUCUUGGUCAUGUUGGGAACCUUUUAGGACUGCUGUCCAUAGGAUUUUUCUAGUAUUCCAAACAGAGGAAAUUUCCUUCAGAUCCUAACUAGGAUUGAGUAUUGCACAUAGAACAUCCUGUGCAAAUGGAAGCUGAAGAAUCAUCAUCAUUGCUGCUACUCAAAGAAGAGGAGGAGACUUUGGAGGAGGGUCUUACUGAAAACACAGGUGAAGGCUCUUCGUUUGCGGACCCCUCCUUAGAAGUGAAGGCAGAACCGGAAUCUUUUGAUUAUGCUGAGGGAACAUCCAAUAAUUGGGAUGAGAAUGAUGAUGCACCACCACGAGUAUGCAAUAUCCCAGAUCUAACACCACCCCCCACACGUUCUGCAUCAUCAUCGUCCGUGGACAGUGAAAAUGAUUUUGGUGGACCCCAUACAUCUACUUCAUCCUCCUCUUCUUGCAAUUUCCAGAGCUCAAGUACAAGGGGAAAAAAGAGGAGGAAAUUACAAUACUCAUCAGAAAGGCAGCGUUUUGACAAUAUUCUGAAUAAAGUUGAUUCUAUACUGAAUCAACCAGAUCCAUUAAGUGAUCCUAUUGUUAGAGCAGCCACACAUGCUAUUGCAGGUUUCAUGACUCUCCUGUCAAAAAAAGAUAAGAAAGCUUUUUACUUGAGGAUUAUAAAGGUUUUACAAGAAUAUCCUAUUGAUUUGGAUACAUUAGAUGAUUAGUUUUUUUGUCUUGUUAGUUUUAUAUUAAUAGUGUUAAUAAUGUUAAAAAUUAUUUAUAGAGUUUUGUUUAGCAAGAGAAAAUAAACUUAAUUCCAAAAUUG